CACGGAAACGAUCAACCAGAUUUGCUUGCCCGCAUUGGUUUGUUGCACCUGAAGAAGGGUGAGGAAGCUCAAGCGUUUGAACAAAUUGGUACAGCACUGAGUUACAAACCCAAUCAUUUUCAAGCAACUUUGGCUGCUACAAGUGUGAUGAUAGCACACGGGGAUUACGAUGUGGCACUGAGUAAAUAUCGAAAUGCUCUUCGAAACGCACCCGAGGAUGCAGUCCUGUGGAAUAACAUCGGAGUGGCGUAUUUUGGAAAAAAGAAAUUGCUGUCCAGCCUAGUCUGUUUGCGGCGAGCCGCAUAUCUGGACCCAUUAAACUGGAUAAUUGCUGCCAAUCGAGGUAUUGUUGCACUUCAUACUGGUCAGUACGCAUGUGCUGCCCAAAUGCUCUAUACCAGUAUUCAUCUAAAAAGGAAUUGUGAUAAAACGAACACGGAUCGUGAUCCGUCAAAACGGCCAAAGUCAGGCGUCACGGAAGGAACUGGAUAUAGCGAGGGUAUGCUUCAUGGACUAUUGGCCUUGGCUUAUAUCGGCCUUGAAGAUCUUGAUGCGGCUCGUCAAAAUAACUUGUCUGCUUGUAAACUGGAUUCGUAA